CGUCGCGUCAAGGCGACAUUCCGCGCAUUUGCAAUCUAUCGCCCGAAAGACGUGCUAGAGCAAGCACAAAGAGCCAAUCAUGGUCUGUCUGAUGGAUUGCGUCUUGCUCGGUCGGUCUUCUGCCGAUGUCGCUACUGGACGACGGCACUUUUUGGCUGCUACGAGGCGACAAAUCCACGACGCGGAUAUACUCCCUCGCUGAAGCCUCCGUGGGAUCGUAGUAACUCUCACUUUCUCUCUUACACCAAAGAGAGACUCUCAUUGCCUCGACUGAAAGGCUGAGUUGCUGAGGCGCAUACCUGCAUUCAAGAUGCAUUUCCAGCAGACAGAAUCCGCUGGCCCUGGUGCUGAGCAGAACGCACCCAAGGACUUCACCAAGAAGUCGUCCAGUCUGCCGUUUGGUCAGGAUCUCUCCUACCAAUCGAUCGGUGGCCCAACCUACCUUACCGCCCAGACUCUCGUCCAACAAGUCGCAUACGCUCUCUCCGACAAGAUCUUCGCAUACUCGGCUGAAUCUUUCGAUCUGGAUGUGGCAGUCAAGUACUGGCAAGAACAGGGCGAGAAGAAUGCUCUCGGUUACCAGACUGGCGUCUCCUCUCUGGAGACGAGGACCGGUGCUGGUGCCAUUGCAUUGGGAUACAUGUUCUCAAAGGACUUUGACUUGAAGAAGCGCCACAUCCCUCAGUCCAUCGUCGCUUCCUCUUCCACCUUGAACUAUCUCCGCGCUUCGCUCGACCAACUGUCCGCCCUCUACUCGGUCGCGAACCCAUUGACCGCCCACAUUGCCGCUGUCGACUACUCUGCCAACUCCAGCGCUGGCCUAGUCACCGACUAUGUCUCUUCGCUCACACUCGCCGAGGAUCUUGGUCUUGGUCUCGUCUGCAGCCCGUCUGUCUUCGAGACUCAGCACAUGUCCCUCUUCGCUACCCUCCUAUCGAGUGUCCUCCCCACGAUCCACACAUACGAUGGCAUUAGCGUUGGAAGGGAGACCGCCAGGCUGGUCGAUACCCUUGACCAGACCAGGCUACACAACAGCUACGAGGCAGUGCUCAAGGCCGUCUCUGAGGUCGACAAGAAGCACUCUGACACUGCCGGACGUGUUCUGCGCCUUCUCCAGGCCUUCAACGACGAGCUCGGUGAGGACUACAAGCUCUUCGAUUACUACGGCCACCAAGAGGCAGAGAGCGUCCUUGUCGUCUUUGGUACUGUAGAGGCUUCGUUGACUGCUCAGGUCGCCAACGCCCUUUCCAAGGACGGUGACAAGGUCGGUGUUGUCAACGUUCGUGUCUACCGCCCAUUCGUGGAGGAGGCUUUCCUUGAGGCGCUCCCAAAGAGCACUCGUCGCAUCGCCGUUCUUGGUCAGGUCAAGGACGAGGCUGCUGUGCUCGACCCCGCGGAAUACUCUAGACUCUACUCCGAUGUCUUGGCUUCUGUUCAGUUCGCCUACGACAGGGACGUUGAAGUCACCGAUGUCAAGUACUCGCGUGAGCAGGUCUGGACGCCCAGCAACUUCCUCGAUGCCUUCCGCCAGAUCCACGCCGAGAAGGAGGGAGCCGAGGUUCGCUCUUACGUUGACAUCUUGAACACCGCCGACGUCAAGCAGUACAGCUUCUGGAACCUUGACGAAUCAUCAGCCGCCAACGCACCUGUUGUAGUAGGCAAGCUCCUCUCAAGCGACUCUUCAAAGAACGUUUUCGUUCGCAGCGGCCACGACAACCUCGUGCAGGGCGGUGUCACUCGCACUGACAUUCGCAAUGCUGACUACACUAUCGAGGCGCCCUACGCUGUUGAGCAAGCCGAUGUUGCAUUCAUUGGUGACAUUGCUAUCCUCAAGGAAUUCGACAUCUUGAACAGCGUCAAGCCUGACAGCUCCAUCAUUGUGAAGCUUCCCGGUGUGAAGAACGAGGACGUUGAGAAGAAGUUGUCACCUGCCUUCCGCAAGGCUCUUGUAGACAAGGACGUUCAGCUUUUCGUUCUUGAUCCUCUUCUAUCUGAAGCUGUUGCUGAAGACGAGUCUCUAGAGUCUUUCCUCACUCAGCUGGCAUUCUUGAAGGUCGCUCGUGAAGAUCUUCUGACUUCUGGCUUAAGCAAGCUUGCCGCCAUCAACGGCAGCUCCGAUGUCUUUGAAAAACUCGCCCAGCAGCUCGAAAGCGCUCUCCGUGAGGUCGAGGUUCCUGCCGCUUGGGGUACCGUCGAGGAGGACGUUGAGCCAAUCCGCCUUCCUUCAGACAUCAACGUCAACAGCUUUGCUCCCCUCGACCGUAUCGAGACAGAGCCCCCGACCCUGCUCAAAGAUUGGCAGAUCGCAGCCAAGGGCUUCGCUUUCAAGGAAGCCUUCGGCACCGCUAACCAGGUCCGACCCGAUCUUGGCGUCAAGACCAGUAUCGUUCAUGUUAAGGAGCGUCGUCGUCUCACGCCAAAGAACUACGACCGUAACAUCUUCCACAUCGAGUUUGAUCUCGGUGAUUCUGGUGUUACUUACGCUAUUGGUGAGGCUCUUGGUAUCCACGCAGAGAACGACGAGAAGCAGGUCGACGAGUUCAUCAAGUGGUACGGUCUCAACCCUGAUGAGAUCGUUGAGGUACCAUCCCGUGAAGACCCCAACGUCCUUGUCAACCGAACUGUCUACCAAUCUCUGCUACAAAAUGUCGAUAUCUUCGGUCGCCCACCAAAGCGCUUCUACGAAGCGCUCGCCGAAUUUGCCGAUGACGAGCGUGAGAAGCGCGAGCUUCUGCAGCUUCUUAGUGCAGAAGGCGCCACUGAGUUCAAGCGCCGUGCUGAGGUUGACACCGUCACCUACGCUGACAUCCUGCUUGAGUUCCCAUCUGCACACCCAAGCUUCCAUGACAUCGUUCGCAUUGUCAGCCCAAUGAAGCGCCGCGAGUACUCCAUCGCAUCCGCGCAGCACGUAACCCCCAACUCCGUCUCGCUGCUCAUUGUAACUGUCAACUGGGUCGACCCCAAGGGUCGCGACCGUUUCGGUCAAGCGACACGCUACCUCAACAGCCUCAAGAUUGGCUCGCCUGUUACCGUUUCGGUCAAGCCGUCCGUUAUGAAGCUCCCUACCAAGACCACUGCGCCCAUCAUCAUGGCUGGUCUGGGUACCGGUCUUGCACCUUUCCGUGCUUUCGUUCAGGAACGUGCUUACCAGAAGCAGCAAGGUCACGAAAUCGGUGAGGUUCUACUUUACAUGGGCUCCCGUCACCAGCGCGAAGAAUACUUGUAUGGUGAGGAAUGGGAGGCAUACCAAGAUGCCGGUAUCAUUACUCUCAUUGGUCGCGCCUUCUCUCGUGACCAACCUCAGAAGAUUUACAUCCAGGACCGUAUGAGGGAGUCAUUGACGGACAUCCGAAGGGCUUAUCUCGAAAAGGAGGGUAGCUUUUACCUCUGUGGACCGACAUGGCCUGUGCCUGAUGUCACUGAGGUGCUUCAAGAGGCUGUCGAAGUCGAGCACAAGGUCAAGAAUGUCGGUGCUAAGAAGGUUGACUCACGCAAGGAGAUUGAAAAGUUGAAGGACGAGGGCAGAUAUGUUCUUGAGGUUUACUAGAGUGCAUGUUGAUAUUGAAGAAAGAGCCAUCUCAUGUUGUUAUUGGUACCUUCCAUACCCACUAGCGCACUGCCUAUAUAGUCAGAAUCCUCCGUAACAUCAAUCCAUUACUAUAUACUCCAACAGAUAUGAGAUAAGAUUAAGGAGAGGUGAUUUGCAUGUAUGCUGUGAGGUGAACAGAACAAGACGUGGAUAGCGCUAUUGCUGGGAUCCUCCAUCCAAAGUUCCA